AUGUAUAUGGCUUACAAUGUAGAAGCGGCCUAUAAAUUUUUUAAGGAAUUACAAAAAGACCCAAAUUAUCAAAAUAAAGCUUGCUUAAUUGUUAGUAAACAGCAUCAUUAUCAAUCUUCUGAAUUAAUUAGUGCCAUUGGCAAAGAGAAAGAAAAUAUUAGAGAUUUUAAAAAUCCGCGGUCAAAUUUAAAUAUUGCGAUAGUAGUGGAUAAAUUAACUACUGGUUUUAAUAUGGAAAAUUUAGAGCGGAUUUAUUUAGACCAGCCCAUCACUGCUCCCCAUAAUUUUUUCCAAAAAAUAUCGCGGGUUAAUCGUAAAUAUGCUGACAAAGACCAAGGAUUUAUUGUUGAUUUAGUAAAUAAUGAAGAAACUUACCAAAAAUUUCAUUUGCCAGAAAAACUUUAUCAAUUACUUUUUGAUUUCCGAAAAAUUGAUGAAAAGGAUUUUCUUGAUGAGGCUCUAAGUUAUUGUUUAAGUUCCAAAAAGAGCGAAAAGGAAAGAAGAGAGUUUUUUACAGAAGCUAAAUCAUUGCGUUUAAUAUUGA